AUGGCUCUUCAGGCUGCUUCUGUGGUUUCCUCUGCUUUCUCGGUUCCCAAAGAGGGAAAGUCCAGUGCAUCUUUCAAGGAUUCAAGCCUGUUUGGAGUCUCAUUCUCAGACAAUCUAAAGGCUGAAUUCAGCUCUGUUGCAUUAAGCUUCAAGAGAGAAUUCAAGCCUGUCAGAGCCCAGACAGCGGCCACAGCAUCCCCAGCAAUCAACAAGGGUGCAUCAGAGGGGAAGAAAACUCUCAGAAAGGGCAGUGUGGUGGUCACUGGUGCCUCCUCUGGACUGGGUCUAGCCACAGCCAAGGCUUUGGCUGAAUCAGGGAAAUGGCAUGUUAUAAUGGCCUGCAGGGAUUUCCUCAAGGCUGAAAGAGCUGCCAAGUCCGCUGGCAUGCCCAAAGAAAACUACACAAUUAUGCAUCUAGACCUUGCUUCCCUCGACAGUGUGCGCCAAUUUGUCGAUAACUUCAGGCGAUCGGAGAGGCCACUUGAUGUGCUUGUGUGCAAUGCUGCUGUUUAUCAGCCAACUGCUAAGGAACCUUCAUUCACUGCUGAAGGCUUUGAACUCAGUGUUGGGACUAACCAUCUCGGGCACUUCCUUCUUUCGCGGUUGCUGCUCGAAGAUUUGAACAAAUCUGACUACCCAUCAAGGAGGCUCAUCAUUGUUGGCUCAAUUACAGGGAACACAAACACCUUGGCCGGUAAUGUACCUCCAAAGGCCAACCUUGGGGACUUGAGGGGACUUGCAGGGGGCUUAAACGGUCUAAACAGCUCGUCCAUGAUCGAUGGUGGAGACUUUGAUGGUGCCAAGGCCUACAAGGACAGCAAAGUCUGCAACAUGCUCACAAUGCAGGAGUUCCACAGGCGCUAUCACGAGGACACCGGAAUAACCUUUAAUUCCCUUUACCCGGGUUGCAUUGCCACAACUGGUCUGUUUAGAGAGCACAUUCCCUUGUUCAGACUUCUGUUCCCUCCAUUCCAAAAGUACAUCACCAAGGGCUAUGUCUCAGAAGAAGAAGCCGGAAAGAGACUUGCUCAGGUUGUGAGCGACCCAAGCUUGACAAAGUCUGGAGUCUACUGGAGCUGGAACAAGGCUUCGGCUUCCUUCGAGAACCAACUCUCCCGAGAAGCUAGUGAUGCAGAGAAGGCUCGCAAGGUGUGGGAAGUCAGUGAGAAGCUUGUGGGUUUGGCCUAG